AUGUCGACUGAUCCUCGCGUCCACUACGAUUCGGUGGUUAGGGCAGGCAUGUCCGAAGCCUCUCAGCGCCCUGAAGACACCCCGUUCGAUAUCUUUGAAUGGUACCCACGCUACCAGAGUUGCCAACGCUAUUUCCUCGACCACGCCCAACACACGGUUCCUGUACAGGCUCUUUCUUCAUUCCUAAACAUACAUCUCCCAUUCCAGAGACAACCCACCCCUAUCUUCAAUUCCGCGACCGAUGCUGCCCUUUCCACCCCACCCGGUGGUCAACCUUCAGGGGCUCCUGUUGCUCCAAGUGUAUCUAUGGUACCCUAUAUUCGUCGACUAGUUGCAACAGGCAUGGACUACCCGGGAGUUCUACAUGGGUUUUUCGGUGACGACUGGGCUUCAGGGAUUGGCUCUUUACAUGAACAAGAACGCCGCAACUUCUUCUUUGCUGCCAAGAGCGGAGGAUGGGCGGCCGUAAAGAAGGACUACGACAUUCUGCCCCUCGAGACCAUUCCAUUCCUCAGGCCAUUGCAGGGUUCAGAAAACUCUGAGAUUGAAGCCGCGGAGAAGAGCUGGAGUGAGUGGCUAGCUAUGGAAGAUUGGAUGAUUGGCCCGCGGUCACCGGAUGAAAUGGCAGACCGCCAGUCGAACACAUACUCGAGACACAGCAGAAGCACGAGGUCUUAA